GCCACACGAGGACUACAUCUCCCGGGAUGCUCCUUGGGCCCUUCGCGGAUGGUCGUGAAUAUGUAUCAGAAUGUUAAUGAUUAGCUGCUGCUAAAUUUGGUCAAAGAAGUCACCUACACAGAGCGCGUUGUUAGAGCGGUUCCGAGCGGGCGUUCGGCUGUUGGCUGCCUUCUUCCCCCUCUUACACACUCGUGUAUUAUUUUGAGGUGGUGUUCGCAGAGUUUGAAAGAGAAUUUUAAAAAGCCGCAAGCGUUUCGCUCUUUUAUUUUUAUAAUCCCCUUCAAUUUGGGGCUAAAAAAACAGGAAGGAAGAAAAGGAAAUGAAAUGUGGUAAAAGAAGCUAAAAGGUGCCUUUUAAAAGAUCGUUGCUGUGAAGUGAAAAAUCUCCAGAGAACCCCCAAGCGCCGCGAGACCUCUUCCGAACCAAAGGAGUUUGCGCUCGCUCUCAGGGAAGAAGCGACCAUUCAUUCCGAGGAAUAGCAGCCAAUUAAAAGACAAAUAAAAAAAGUUUGGAGUGGGGCGCGAGCAGGCGGGCGGCGCUCGGCGGGCGCGGGGCUCGGCGGGCGCAGGACGGACGGUGCCCGCCGCCCUCAGUGACGCCCGCGGGGAAUGCGGAGCCGGCCGCCCGCGCCCAGCCGCCGCGCCUGCCUGCCGCCCGCGUCACGCGAGACCCGCAGGCCCGGGACGCCGCCGCGGGGCCCUCGAAGCGAAUGAGCCGCGCGCCUCUGCCUGGCGCAGCCAACUAAAGCGGCGUGGAUGAUUCGCGACCUGAGCAAGAUGUACCCGCAGACGCGCCACCCGGCACCGCAUCAGCCUGCUCAACCCUUCAAAUUUACAAUUUCAGAAUCCUGUGAUCGGAUUAAGGAAGAGUUUCAGUUUUUACAGGCUCAGUACCACAGUCUGAAGCUGGAAUGCGAGAAGCUGGCCAGCGAGAAGACAGAGAUGCAGCGGCAUUAUGUCAUGUAUUAUGAAAUGUCCUAUGGGUUGAACAUAGAAAUGCACAAGCAGGCAGAGAUUGUUAAACGACUCAAUGCUAUCUGUGCACAGGUCAUUCCUUUCCUGUCCCAAGAGCACCAGCAACAAGUGGUGCAGGCUGUGGAACGGGCCAAGCAGGUGACCAUGGCAGAACUGAACGCCAUCAUUGGGCAGCAACAACUCCAAGCUCAGCAUUUAUCACAUGGACAUGGUCUGCCUGUGCCUCUGACACCACACCCUUCAGGGCUUCAGCCCCCAGCCAUUCCACCCAUCGGUAGCAGUGCAGGACUUUUGGCCCUCUCCAGUGCACUAGGAGGUCAGUCUCACCUCCCAAUUAAGGAUGAGAAAAAGCACCAUGACAAUGAUCACCAAAGAGACAGAGACUCCAUCAAGGCAUCAGUCUUCAACUUGAGGAAUUGUUGCUUCAGGACUUCUGUUGUAUCAAUAAAGGACUUCUGGAGCUCUUCCGUAUCUCCAUCAGCCAGUUUCCGAGGUUCUGAGAAACACAGGAACUCUACAGACUAUUCCUCAGAGAGCAAAAAACAGAAAACAGAAGAAAAAGAAAUUACAACUCGCUAUGACAGUGAUGGUGAGAAGAGUGAUGACAACUUGGUAGUUGAUGUGUCCAAUGAGGAUCCAUCUUCCCCUCGAGGAAGCCCAGCACAUUCCCCAAGGGAGAAUGGCCUGGACAAGACACGUCUCCUCAAGAAAGAUGCCCCCAUCAGCCCUGCUUCUGUUGCAUCUUCCAGCAGUACUCCUUCCUCCAAAUCCAAAGAGCUUAGCCUUAAUGAAAAGUCUACUACUCCUGUUUCAAAGUCCAAUACCCCUACUCCACGAACUGAUGCACCUACCCCUGGCAGUAACUCCACUCCCGGACUGAGGCCUGUACCUGGAAAGCCACCGGGUGUGGACCCCUUAGCAUCCAGCCUGAGGACCCCGAUGGCUGUACCUUGUCCAUAUCCAACCCCGUUUGGGAUUGUGCCCCAUGCUGGGAUGAAUGGAGAGCUAACCAGCCCUGGAGCCGCCUAUGCUGGGCUACACAACAUCUCCCCCCAGAUGAGUGCAGCUGCAGCAGCAGCGGCGGCAGCAGCAGCCUAUGGAAGAUCACCUGUGGUGGGAUUUGAUCCUCACCAUCAUAUGCGUGUGCCAGCAAUACCUCCAAACUUGACAGGCAUUCCAGGAGGAAAACCAGCAUACUCCUUUCACGUUAGUGCUGAUGGCCAGAUGCAGCCUGUCCCUUUUCCCCCUGAUGCCCUCAUUGGACCGGGGAUCCCCCGACAUGCUCGACAGAUCAACACCCUCAACCAUGGGGAGGUGGUGUGUGCAGUGACCAUCAGCAACCCCACAAGGCAUGUGUACACAGGUGGCAAGGGCUGUGUAAAGGUCUGGGACAUCAGCCACCCUGGCAAUAAGAGCCCCGUCUCUCAGCUGGACUGUCUGAACAGGGAUAACUACAUCCGUUCCUGCAGAUUGCUCCCUGAUGGUCGCACCUUAAUUGUUGGAGGGGAAGCCAGUACAUUGUCCAUCUGGGACCUGGCAGCUCCAACCCCACGCAUCAAGGCAGAGCUGACGUCCUCAGCCCCUGCCUGCUAUGCUCUGGCCAUCAGCCCCGACUCCAAGGUCUGCUUCUCAUGCUGCAGCGACGGCAACAUCGCAGUAUGGGACCUGCAUAACCAGACCCUGGUGAGGCAAUUCCAGGGGCACACAGAUGGAGCCAGCUGUAUUGACAUUUCUAAUGAUGGCACCAAGCUCUGGACAGGUGGUUUGGACAACACUGUGAGGUCCUGGGACCUUCGUGAAGGGCGGCAGCUGCAGCAACACGACUUCACCUCUCAGAUCUUUUCUUUGGGCUAUUGCCCAACUGGCGAGUGGCUUGCCGUGGGGAUGGAGAAUAGCAAUGUGGAAGUGUUGCAUGUCACCAAGCCCGACAAAUACCAGUUGCAUCUUCAUGAGAGCUGUGUGCUAUCACUCAAGUUUGCCCACUGUGGCAAAUGGUUUGUAAGCACUGGAAAAGACAACCUUCUGAAUGCUUGGAGGACACCUUAUGGGGCCAGCAUAUUCCAGUCCAAAGAAUCCUCAUCGGUGCUUAGCUGUGACAUCUCUGUGGAUGACAAAUACAUUGUCACUGGCUCUGGGGACAAGAAAGCUACAGUUUAUGAAGUUAUUUAUUAAGGACAAAUCUUCGUGCAAACUGGACUCCUCCUCAUAGCACUUUGCGCUGUUGUACUUUUCUGUUCACCCCUCUCCCAUUCAAAACCAAGGAUUUUCCAAUAAUCAUUGCAGUUGUGGAGUAAUGCUGUUCCAUAGCCCCACUUCCUCCUUGCUAUUGAAUUGUGAAUACUCAUUAAGAACCUGUGAUACCAAAUCUUCAGCUAUCGACUUGGAAGAACAUGGAAUACCUAACAAUGAAAUGGAAUCUUUAAUUAUGUAUUAUAUCUGUAAUAUAUUUAUUUUGUUUAAAGAAGGCUUUCUAACAAUGACUGACUAAAUAAAGUUGUCCGCUCCUGCAUUGAUAAUGAAGGUGCAUUGUAUUUGAUGCUCCACCCCUCCCUUUUGGUAAGGGAGGGGAAAGGAAGGCUUAAAAUAACUGAUUUAAAUGUCACUAAAUGUAGACUAUUGACUGUAUAGAGAUGUGAAAUGUAUAAUUACACAUGGAAGCAAUAUGUUGCUGUGUUAUGAGGUUGUUUUGUUUUCUACUUAUAUUAAAAACAUUUGGAAAUUUGGCUGUUUGAACAAGUAGAUUAUAACAGGCCAAGUACUAUUCCUUUGAGUCUAUUUGGGCAACUUUAACCAAUAUGUCUAUAACUUUAGAUUACAUUCAACAAAAAAUAAUUAGAUGUUUUUCUUUUUUUUAUUUUUUACUUGUUGACAAGUAUCUUUGUAAUAUGUUUUUAAUUCCUUUUUUAUUGUAUUAUAGACAGAUCAAAAAUUAAAUUGGGCCUCAAAGAAAGAAAUUUCUUCUAAAUAUUUUUGCCAAAUCUACUGGCAGAGGGAGCUGUGUCUCUGGGCAGUUGUGAUGCUGUGAGACAGGGCAGGCUGUUUUGUGGCAUGCUCUUUAGGAGCUGCAGGUACGGAGUACUGCUUGCCUACCGCUGUGCAAAGCAAGUCUUACACACACACAUACACACACACACACAGGCCAGCAGAGGAGGGUUUGCAGAACCCACCCUCUGAAAGCCACAAAGAAGAGACUCUCUGGGGAUGAUGACUUGCUUUAUUUACCUCUGGUUCUUUCCAUGUCUUAGUUGGAUGUCCCUGAAAUGGACACAGGCUGUGCCAUUGUGCCAGAAACAUUGUGUUAUCUUUUAUGUUGUUGUUGUUGCUGUUAAACUAUAACAUGUGAUCCUUUUUUAUUAUUUUUUGUUUGAAUGCUUUAAAAAGAUCUUUUAAGUCUGUGGAUCUGCUGAUGUACAGUGCCUUUGCUGCUAUGGAUCAAAAUCAAGAACUGUGUAGAUAAACUUUAUUGUAUAAGUAGAAAAAUCACUUAAUUUCAUACUAGAAAUGGAUGGAUGCUGCAAGUUGAAAUGGACUGUCAUUGACGUUCUUUGUGUGGUAGCAAAAAAAAAAAAUGGUGUCUUAAGUGCUUAGUGUUUGAUGUCAUUAACAGUUUCAUAAAACUCUACAGUGUAGAAAGAUUUUGAUACUAAACUGUGCAUUGUACAUAGUUCUAACGCAUUGUAUUGGCCACCAGUACUUCUAUGAUGGUAGAUUGUUUGUGCAUUCAGACUUUUAAGCAUUAAACAUAAAUAACUUCUAGAA